UGUGUCACUGACUUCCUCACAGAGCACUAGGCUGCGCUCACUUCCUCCUACAGUCCCCGGUGCAACUGUUCUUAGGGAGAGUUUUAUUCAGACUACUAUUAAGAAUUGCCUGGACUCUCUUUUGGAUUAUGCACGAUAUUUAAGGCUGAAGAAAGGAUGACAAUGCGAAACAUUAAGUGUGUCGUGGUUGGAGAUGGUGCAGUGGGGAAGACCUGCCUCCUGAUUUCCUUCACCACCAAUGCCUUUCCUAAAGAAUACGUUCCCACUGUUUUUGACAACUACAGUGCACAGCUGACUGUAGACUCUAAACUCAUCAGCUUGAACUUGUGGGACACAGCAGGACAGGAGGAGUACGACCGUCUGCGGACCCUUUCCUACCCGCAGACCAACGUCUUUGUCAUCUGCUUCUGUGUGACAAGCCCCACCUCCUAUGAGAAUGUCAAGCUAAAAUGGCAUCCUGAGGUGACAGAACAUUGCCCUAAAGUGCCCAUCCUGCUGGUGGGGACUAAAAAGGAUCUGAGAGAUGAUCCGGAGGUUCUGAAGAAGCUAAAGGAGAAGAACCUCUCUCCUCUCACCCAGCAACAGGGUGUGGCGUUGGCCCGACAGAUUCAGGCUACUAAAUACCUGGAGUGCUCAGCUCUCAGUCAGGACGGGGUGAAGGAAGUGUUCACAGAAGCAGUUCGUGCUUUUAUCAACCCCGCUCCACCGGCAUCCAAGAAAACAUGUGUGCUACUUUAAAUAUACUGAAACCUGCAUAUGAUGUUGGCCUAUAUUUUUUUUUUUAAAUCAAGUUUAUUGUAGGUUAUGUUGUCCAUUAUAAUAAAAGAAAACAAACUUUGA